UGAAGCUGAUGCAAAGAGACGCAGAGGCUUGGGCGGCUAAGAUCUGCUAGUUCCAUCUGUUCAUCCGGAAACUGCAGACGGACGAGGGAGGAGGCUUCGCCCUUGGUGGCGCAGUGAGUUACCAGCUGCGCUGGGCUAGAGCCCCAAGUCCUUGUCAACUUUGUCAUUUUCCCACCAUCUAUAUGGGAAGCCUUUUGAGAGCAGGCACUUAUGAGCACUGCACCAAGUACUAGAGGCCAAGAGCGUCCGUCCCCUUUCAGCUCUGAGUUUUCCUGCUUCUCAUGCAACCUCCGCAACUUGGAUGAGCAAAUUAUUUGUACUUGAUCUUACAAUAGAGAAACUGACAAAUAUAGAAUCUUGUAUGCCAGGGGUCCUUCACCUGUAGGUCCAUGAACUCGGAUGUGAACAAAAUGACCUAUUAUCAUUAAUCUCUAACUAAAAUUUAGCAUCUCCUUCAAUUAUGAAUACAGACAUCAAACCAUAGUAGAACCAGCAGGACUUGUGACUGUUACCAAGAGAAAUCACAGAUAUUUUCAGGCCACGUUGUAUGUUGCGGACAUCCCAAAAUAUUGUUUAUAAGCAUCACCACUUUGAAAUUAUGGUAGUCAUUAGACCACUGCUAUGUUUAUUAUUUCAUGCAUCAGUGAACACAUCUAUUACUAUAUUAUAAUGUAGAAAUAUCUCAGUAUAAUCGAUUUCCUUUGUAACCCAAUGUAUUUUGUUUUAUGCGUUUGAAUAUGGAGGCUUCACCAGACUGCUAAAGAUUAAGAAAAACUGCUAAAGAUUAAGAAUCUCUGCUUAAAGAGAAGAAUCCUUUAAGAGUCUAUUAACCUCUGGUUCACUAAUUUGCCAUGGAUCAGAAAUUAAUAUAAUGUGAAUUUCUGCUGAAGCCCAACAAAGGGAGUUUAACUUCUAUAGCGUUGAAAGUAGGUCCUAUUACUGAGGGAUUAGUGUAGAUUUGAUAACAAAAUGGCAUUAUAGAAAGUAUAUUGAUUCCAUUUUCUGUGUUUUCUGCAUUUCAUUGAUAUGCAUCUCUCCAGCGGAUUAUCGGUUCAAUGCCGUCUUCUUAGUUGGGGGGAGGAACAGAUGGACGGUGAUGUGUGUCAACAUCGCUGAUGGAAAAAGAAUGUAGCAGAAUGUACGCAGAACCUUUCAACUGGCGUUAAACAGAAACAAGACCCCAUGCGUAAGGCAGCCCGUGGAAACGGUUAAAACCCAGAAAUAAUGGAUAAGUGACUGAGUUGUGGUCCCUUCAGACAUUGCUAAUUGAUUAAAAUUUUUCUGGGUUUUGAAAUUCAUUUAAAAAAUAAUAGCUAACAGUUGAGAACAUCAUUUUUCUAAUAUAUUUUCAACAACGAUGAUGUCCAUUAAACAGAUCUUUCUAUCUCUCUAAUCACUGGAGAUAGAGAAUCCAUAUCAGAAAAACCCAAGUUCAGAGACACAAGAAAGCCAAUUUAAUAAAACUUAAAAUAUUACAUUAUCACCAUGGCAGAAAAUGCAGAGUUCUGUCUGUGUAGAACAUUUGGUCUUUUCUGAAGUGAUACAGAGAUACACAAGCCAGGAAAAAUGAUGCCGUAUUUGCUGUCUUUCCUAUAGGUAUUGAACUGGCUGGGCUUUCGGUUAUCAUUACUGCUGGCCUGAAAACAUUGGAAGGGGAAGGUUAGCUUCUAGAAGUCGUUGAUACGCUUCUUAUUGCUAUUUGUAAGUUCCCUCAGACAGGGAUUACUUCUGCUUUGCAGAAAUUAUCUGCUUGGAGCCACGCAUGACUUAUAACAAUCUCUGGCUAAACCUCAGAACAAAGAUAUGCUUUCAUCUUAGACGGAUGUCAGAGGCUGCGACAGGACCCUGUGGAAAGGCUCCCCAGGGGGCGUGAGGCACUGGGAGCGACAACUCCAAGAAGAGGGACAGCCUCUUGGGGCUUUCUUCUCCCGGGAGUGUGACACAGUUAAAAAGGAAAAAAAGAGCCACCAGCAGAACAGUUGCCACUGAAAUCGGAGAGGGAGCUCUGUCGAGAACUAGGGGUUGCUGCUGGCCUCUCUGAGCUCAUCCACAGGACGGGAGCGCUGGGUCAUGGAGUAAAACUUCAGCUUGGGUCUAAGAGAAGAAAGAGGACAUGGCCCAAGAAGUCAAUCUGAAUUCCCUCCAGGAGGUAGAGCGCGAGGAGAUUCUCCAGGUCCUGUACCGAGACCAGGCGGUUCAAAACAUCGAGGAGGAGAGGAUACGGAAACUGAAGACGCACCUUCAGCGUCUCCGGUGGAAGGGCGCGAAGAGCGUGAGCCAGGAGUACAAACAGAAGUCCUGUGCCCGCUGCCAGCGGAUGCUGGGGUUCCUGCUGAACCGGGGGGCAGUGUGCCACGGCUGCAGCCACCGCGUGUGCUCUGAGUGCCGGGUGUUCCUGAGGAGGACCCACGCCUGGAAGUGCACCGUGUGCUUCGAGGACAGAAACAUGAAAAUAAAAACUGGAGAGUGGUUCUUUGAGGAACGAGCCAAGAAAUUUCCAACUGAAGGAAAACACGAGACAGCUGGAGCAAAGCUCUUGCAAUCUUAUCAGAAACUGAGUAAAAUUUCUGUGGUUCCUCCCACCCCGCCUCCUCUCAGCGAAAGCUGGUGCAGUGGCAGCCCUGGCAAGUUACAAGAACUUGGUCAGUUUAAAGGAUUUAAUAAGUCCAUGGAAAAUUUGUUUCUGUCUGUUACCACCCACAUGAAAAAGCUCUCCAAGUCCCAGAAUGACAUGACUUCUGACAAGCAACUCCUAGCCACGGGGCCCAGGCAGUGCACGGGCCAGUCGGAGAGAAGGAGCCAGUCUGACACUGCCAUCAACGUCACCACCAGGAAGGUCAGCGCCCCAGAUAUUCUGAAACCUCUCGAUCAAGAGAGUCCCAGACGCUUUACUAGCCCUGUUUUGAAGCAAGAGGAUCUCUUAUUCAGUCCAACGCCCGACACUUUAUUCUCAGGAGGCUUGAGACACGGAAGUUUAAUUAGCAUUAACAGCACUUGUACAGAGAUGGGCAAUUUUGAUAAAGCCAAUGUCACUGGAGAAAUAGAAUUUGCCAUUCGUUAUUGCUUCAAGACCCACUCUUUAGAAAUAUGCAUCAAGGCCUGUAAGAACCUUGCCUAUGGAGAGGAGAAGAAGAAAAAGUGCAAUCCGUACGUUAAGACCUAUCUGCUGCCUGACAGAUCCUCACAGGGAAAACGCAAGACUGGAGUCCAAAGGAACACGGUGGACCCGACCUUUCAGGAGACCGUGAAGUACCAGGUGGAGUCCGCCCAGCUGGUGACCCGGCAGCUGCAGGUCUCGGUGUGGCACCUGGGGAUGCUCGCCCGGAGGGUGUUUCUUGGAGAGGUGAUCAUUCCUCUGGCCACGUGGGACUUUGAAGACAGCGCCACGCAGUCGUUCCGCUGGUAUCCGCUCCGGGCCAAGACAGAGAAAUACGAAGACGGUGUUCCUCCGAAUAACGGAGAACUUGCAGUCCGGGCCAAGCUGGUCCUCCCCGCAGGGCCCACACAGCUCCAGAGGCCUCAAGAAGGGACAGGUGACCACCCAUCACCUAAUGGUCAACUCUGUUUGGUAGUGCUGGGAGCCAAGAAUUUACCUGUGCGGUCAGACGGUACCUUAAACUCAUUUGUUAAGGGCUGUCUCACUCUGCCAGAACAACAGAAACUGACACUCAAGUCCCCCGUCCUGAAGAAGCAAGCCUGUCCCCAGUGGAAACACUCCUUUGUUUUCAAGGAUGUAAGCCCCUCUCAGCUGAGGCAAGCGAGCCUCGAAUUAACCGUCUGGGACCAGGCCAUCUUUGGUGUGAACGACCGCUUGCUGGGAGGAGCCAGGCUCGGGGCCAAGGAAGAUCCAGCUGGCGGUGCUGACGCAUGCUCACAGUCAAAGCUUCAAUGGCAGAAAGUUCUUUCCAGCCCCAAUUUAUGGACAGACAUGACACUCAUCCUGCACUGACGCGGAGGUUCCAGUUUGCAGUGGGUGUUUCAAGGGCUGCGUGCCUGAAGGUGGGCUGAAGGACUGGGUGUGGACGCACGGCUGGAAAAGGCCCUCUGCACUGUAAACACUGUCCAUCUAGUUGUCAUGUAGCUAAAACGUUCUUCUUUAUCCCUCUGUGUAUGUUUAAGUUAAACAGAGCAAUUAUUAUGUUAUAUAAGUAAGACUCAGGUUGGUUACUGUGCUUUGAGAGAUGUGGAAAAUGGCCAGAUUUCAAUAAACGUUCAAGUUACUUGUCUCCCAGCGCUUAUAAAAUGGUGAAAAUUACAUUGCACAGUAUGUGCAUUUCAGAGAGAAAAAAGGAGCCUGGCUGACUAUUCGAUCCCUCCCACUCUGCUGUGGAAAACUGUUUCUAGAAGCAGGUCAGCCAACCCUGUGGAGUGCUGUGGGGACUGGCAUUGCGGGCUGGUAGGCGCUAAGGUCCUGGAGGGCCGCCUGGCCCCACAAAGCAUCGCUGACAGGUGACAGGGCUGCACGGACAGUCGAGGCGAGAAGGGCCCUCCCUCCCGCCCAGACACAUGCGCGUAGACAUCCAAUGGGGCAUCUUGCCUUACACAUCGUUUAUUUCUUAAGUCUGCGGCACAGGGUUCCUCUGCACAGGACGUCCUGACCAAAGAGGAAAAGGACAAAACAGAACACGAGAAGGAAGGAUAUGAAUGAGCAGGACCGGCGGUGUGUGAGAACUGACAUUUUAACGGCUUUUCAAGGAUGUGGGAGCGAAUGGAAAUAGGUCCGGACAGGUUCUUCUUGCGGAAACAAGAGCCAAUACCCAGGUCGCAAGAGUCCCUUCAUGGCUGGAGUCUGAAUUAUCAACAUAGUGUGUGUGUAUUUUUCAAACAAGAAGCUCUGAUAGAAAACUGGAAUGUGCAUAGCCAAUUACACACACAAAGAACAUGGAAAGUACAAAAAGGCAUUUUUACAGAGGUGAUUCUAGCAGUUAAUCAGCUUCGUUCCUGCCCUCACGUCACACCAGAUCAAGUGCCGUGGUUACAUGGUUUUUCAUAUGCAAUUCUUUUAUUAUUCUGUAAAAGGUAACAAAAUAUACAGAACGAAACUUUCCCUUUUUUAAACUAAAGUUACAAACCCAUUUUAUCACUUACAUAUAAAUACUAUGCUCUAUAGCUGAUCAUUCAUUAGAUGUAUAAGUCCAACAACAUAGCCCUCUAACUGUUAGGCAAAAAAACAAAA